UCUCAGUGGUUGCCAUGGCUGACUCGUCUCCAUGUCAACGGUAGUUGAGGAAAGUAAGUUUCUUCGCAGCACUAAGCAAACGUAAGUAAUUAAAAUGGCAGAUACAGGUGAAAGUAAGAAAGAGGAAGCAGACUACAAGAGACUACACAGCUUUCCUCUCAUCAGGCACACAGAUAUGCCUGAGGAGAUGAGAGUUGAAACCAUGGAGCUAUGCGUCACAGCCUGUGAAAAGUUUGCCACCAACAAUGAGAGUGCUGCUAAGAUGAUAAAGGAAUCCAUGGAUAAGAAGUUUGGGAGUUCCUGGCACGUGGUAAUUGGGGAAGGCUUUGGCUUCGAGGUGACUCACGAAGUGAAGAAUCUCCUGUAUAUGUUCUUUGGUGGCAGUCUGGCUGUGUGUGUGUGGAAAUGCUCCUAGCACCAGCCAUGGUCCCCCUGCCCCUCCCUCACACAGUACCUACUUUUAUAUAUUUAUAUACCCGUAUUCACAGUACUGUCUCAGCUAUGCAGUCCUUUUUCUAUUUGAUGUGUGUGCAUGAGUGCGCGUGUGUGUGUGUGUGUGUGCGUGUCAGAUUAUUUGGGCAAGUAUGUCUGAGAGAGAAACAGACACCUUAACAGCAUAGACCCUUUAAAUUUCACCUUCUUCUCAUCUGUGUUCAACACUGCUUUGAUUUUGUGUUUAAGGUCACAUUGUAAGGGAAGGUAUGGAAAAACUGAACUAGAACAUUGUUUUUUUCAGUACUGGCACUAAUAUUUAUCAAAGAAUUAAAGAAUAUCUGUGGACUGCUGUAUAUUAGAGUUAAAAAAAGAAAAUCAAUGCUGUGUCUAGUUACAACACUGAUGGCUUUUGUGUUCAUCUACAGUGAUGCACAGAACAUUGUGUUGUUAUUUAACUCUAAAGGCUUUAAGAGUUGUCCUCUGUGUUGGGGUACUUGUUGUUUCAUAUCACAAAUGUUUUUAAAAAUGCUUCCACCACUUUGUUUUUUCUCUCUCUCCCCUUCUGUCUGUUGGCAAGUGGCAGAGUCUAUCUCUCAGUGUGCUGCAAUGCCAUCUGCUUCAGAUCACUACCUCUCUCUCUCUCUCUCUCUCUCUCUCUCUCUCCCUUUCCCUUCUUUUGUUCCCAUGCCAAUGGUGGGUGUCCCUUGCAGCCUACUUUCUUGUCUUUUUUUUUCUUUACCAAACCAGCAUUUGUGAGGUGUACUCUGUGUGAAAACUUGAAUACAAAUGUAGAUCUCAAACUUUUUAAAUAAAUGAAAUUAAGUUUA